CCAAGCCGUGCAGCGGAGCUCAUGUCGUUUUCCAAUAUCCUCUCGAGUGCCGAUCCCCUUCCGAAACCAAGAGCCCCCAUCAUGCCAGAGAAGAAAGAAAAGCCCCGUAACAAGAAUUACGAGAGUCGUCGCGAGCGUCGCGAGGCCAACUUGAGAGAAUCCGGCGUUGACAGGUCUAGAAAAGGUGUCCGACUGUCGUCGCCCAAUACCUCUAGAGAAACGCCGCCGAGCAGAGCUUCAACUAAGAGUCUGGCUAAUGGCCAGCCGAAGCCAAAGACUCUGUCAGCUGAGCAGGAGAAGAAGAUCGACCAGCUCAUGGAGUCUCUUGAUGCGAAGGCGGAAGAUGUAGAUCUCUCGGAGAUGGAAGCCGAGUACCAGUUCUACACCGGCCGCAACAAGCGACGGAAACUCAACAUGGAGCGAGAGGAGGACCAAGAUCAUCGUCUCCGACGCGUCGACUUGACGACGCUCCAGGGCAAGAAGCUUAUGAAUCAUGCUGCGCUGGGAAAGCGACGCUAUGAUGACGUCCAUUAUGAGGAGGCACUGCAAGAAGUCCGCGAGCGCGAGCUUUACGCCGAGAAAGAGCGAAAGAAGGACAUGCAACGGAAACGACGGCGAGAGAAGUCGAUGCAAGUCACUAUCGAGCAAAAAGAAGCUGCUCUUGCCAAAGCAUUGGCGGCCCAGAACGAAGCCGAUCGUGCAAAACACUUGCGAGAAGCCGAGCGUGCUAACAAGAAGGCCCAGCAGACCAAGCUGAUUCUCCAGAAGGGCAUCAAGGGCCCCGCCCGCAACCUAGCCAACCUCGAGCUCAACUUGGAGGGUGGCACCAUGACAACCUUCCAAGCUACGGACAUGGAACCUGGGAAGAGCAGGAGCAAAGGUCGUGCGGGCACUCGGCCGAAGAAGUCCAAGGAACAGAAACAAGCCGAGAAGGACUCCGCCGAAGCCGCGCAGGCUGCUAUCGACGCUGGCGAAGAGUUGCCUUCUAAGGAGGAUAAUAACAAGAUCCGCAUCAAGCUUAGUAAAAGCUCUUCUAAGGAUUCCAAGCCACGGGAUGGCACGCAAGAACCAAAGGACAAGGAGAAGGUCGUGGAUGAGCCCUCCGCUAACCCACUUGAGACCAAGUUCCAGUCCAAGGGCUACAAUCAGAUAUACGAUCAAAUCUGGCGCGAUCUUGCACGUAAGGACGUGCCCAAGACGUUUAAGCUGGCUGCCGAUUCGUAUGCGACGAAGGCCUCGAACUUGAAAAAGACGGCCAUUCUCGCUUCCAAAGAAGCCAAACGAUGGCAACUGCGUACCAACAAGGGGACCAAAGAUCUACAGGCCAGGGCAAAGCGCUGCAUGAGAGACAUGAUGGGCUUCUGGAAGCGCAAUGAGCGCGAGGAAAGAGAUUUGCGCAAGGCCGCCGAGAGACAGGAGCUGGAGAAUGCUCGCAAGGAGGAAGCCGACCGUGAAGCCGCUCGUCAGAAGAGGAAGCUCAACUUCUUGAUUUCCCAGACGGAGCUGUACUCUCACUUCAUCGGCAAGAAGAUUAAGACGGAUGAAGUCGAACGCAGCACAGACAACCCAGAGAUUGCACCUGCUGGGGACAUGCCGUCCACCGGGAACAAGAUGGACGUCGACGAACCUGCGGGGCCAGUUGGUGCUAAGGUUACCGAUUUCAACAAGCUCGAUUUCGACGCCGCUGACGAGGGAGAGCUCCGUGCUGCUGCCGUGGCCAACGCCCAGAAUGCCAUUGCCGAAGCCCAGGAGAAGGCACGGGCAUUCAACAAGCAAGACAACGACAUGGACGAAGAUGGGGAGAUGAACUUCCAGAAUCCGACUGGUCUUGGCGACGUCGAAAUCGAGCAACCCAAGUCAUUGAACUGUCAGCUCAAAGAGUACCAGCUAAAAGGUCUCAACUGGCUUGCCAAUCUCUACGAGCAAGGAAUCAACGGUAUUCUGGCAGAUGAGAUGGGUCUCGGCAAGACGGUCCAGUCGAUUUCGGUCAUGGCCUACCUGGCCGAAGUACACGACAUCUGGGGCCCCUUUCUAGUUGUGGCACCGGCCUCGACGCUACACAAUUGGCAGCAGGAAAUUGCCAAGUUCGUCCCCGAGUUCAAGGUGCUACCGUACUGGGGUAACGGUGCUGAUCGAAAGGUUCUGCGCAAGUUCUGGGAUCGAAAGCACAACACAUACCGGAAGGAUGCUCCCUUCCACGUGUUGGUCACAUCCUACCAGCUGGUGGUGUCUGACACCGCAUACUUCCAGAAAAUGCGCUGGCAGUACAUGAUUCUGGAUGAGGCGCAGGCCAUCAAGAGUUCCACGAGUUCGCGUUGGAAGGUUCUGCUUGGCUUCCACUGCCGCAACCGACUGCUUCUGACUGGUACUCCGAUCCAGAAUAACAUGCAGGAACUCUGGGCGCUUCUCCACUUCAUCAUGCCUUCACUUUUCGACUCCCACGACGAAUUCAGCGAGUGGUUCUCCAAGGACAUUGAAUCACACGCGCAGAGCAACACGACACUGAACGAGGACCAGCUUAAGCGGCUGCACAUGAUCCUUAAACCAUUCAUGUUGCGUCGUGUAAAGAAGCACGUGCAGAAGGAACUUGGUGACAAGAUCGAACUCGAUGUAUUCUGCGAUCUCACCUACCGUCAGCGUGCUUACUAUCGCAACCUCCGCAACCAGAUCAGCAUCAUGGACCUGAUCGAGAAAGCCACGUUGGGUGACGACCAAGAUUCUGGCACACUGAUGAAUCUUGUUAUGCAAUUCCGAAAAGUGUGUAAUCAUCCCGAUUUGUUUGAACGUGCGGAUACAAGCAGUCCCUUCUUCUCGGGCUACUACGCCGAGACGGCAUCGUUUGUCCGCGAAGGAGUCAAUAUCUCACUCGGAUACUCUACUCGUAAUCUGAUCGAAUACGACCUUCCACGUCUUAUUUGGACUGAAGGGGGAAGACUGCAGAAGGCUGGAAAGGACAAUGAAAAAGCCGGGUUCAGGAAUAAAUACCUCCACCAUUUGAUGAACAUAUGGGCUCCGGAAAACGUCCGCGAGAGCACGAGUGGCCAGGGCGCCUUUUCGUUCCUCCGCUUUGCCGACACAAGUCCCGAGGAGAUGUACAAUGCGAGUUGCCAGGACUUGUUUUCGCGCGCCGUGGAUCUCACGAAGAAGCCAGAUCGUCUGGGGCAUAUGAAUGUCAUCUAUGAUGAGCCCGAAGACAAGGCCUACACCCCGACUCAUGCGCUAUUUCAAAUCACAGAGCGCUCCAGUCGCCAACCCCUUGCUGGCGUGACGAACGAGGGUAUUCUUGGUAAAUUGAUGAACAUCUCGCAGUCCAGUUGGCGGGAUUCGGGGCUAUGCCGACUUGAGCAAGCUGCUCUCCCCGGCGCGGUGGCUCCACCUAUCGAGGUUGCGUGUGAGGGUACUCGAGCGCCAGCUGCAGAGCGUGAAGAGACAUUCUUCAAUGCCUCGAUGCGAAAGUCCAUAUAUGGGCCUACGGCGAUCGAAGAAAAGGCGUUAGUGAUGCAAAAGGUGCCUAUCGAACGCUACCCGGUGCCAUCAUUGCUGCCUCAGCCGGACAACGAGAAGAGGCGGUUCACCAACAUUACGGUUCCCAGCAUGCGCCGCUUUGUCACGGACAGUGGCAAGCUUGCCAAGCUUGACCAGCUACUUUUCAAGCUGAAGGAGGAAGGUCACCGUGUGCUGUUGUAUUUCCAGAUGACGCGCAUGAUUGAUUUGAUGGAAGAGUACCUGACUUACCGUAACUAUAAAUACUGCCGACUGGAUGGAUCCACCAAGUUGGAAGACCGUCGUGACACGGUGCACGACUUCCAAACGCGGCCCGAGAUCUUCAUCUUCCUUUUGUCCACUCGUGCUGGUGGCCUGGGAAUUAAUCUCACAUCCGCGGACACCGUCAUCUUCUACGACAGUGACUGGAAUCCUACCAUCGACUCACAGGCCAUGGACCGAGCUCAUCGUCUCGGCCAGACGCGCCAAGUGACGGUGUACCGUCUCAUCACCCGCGGCACCAUCGAGGAGCGUAUCCGGAAGCGUGCUUUGCAGAAGGAGGAAGUACAACGCGUAGUGAUUUCAGGUGGCGGUGCACGCGGUGUUGACUUCAGUGGUCGUCGUCCCGUCGAGAACAGGAACAAGGACAUCGCCCUGUGGCUUGCCGACGAUGAGCAGGCCGAGUUAAUUGAACGCCGCGAGAAAGAGUUGCUCGAGAGCGGCGAGGCGGAAAAUCAGAAGAAGAAGCGUGGAGCGGCAGCCAAGCGAAAGAGGGAGGCUGUCAGCUUGGAUGACAUGUACCAUGAAGGCGAGGGUCACUUUGAUGAUGGUAACAAACAGUCGGGCACAGCCACGCCUGUUGAGCCUCUCGCAGCCGACGGCCGUGCUGCUAAGAAGAAAAAAAGCGGCGGUAAGAAGGCAAAGACCACGAAGCAGCGGUUGGCCAUUGCUGAUGGGGAGGUUGACGGAUGA